AUGGCCCCUACUCAGAAUCUCGCUUUCGGAAUCCGAGAAUUGAAAUACCCUGAGGAGACGAAAACACCAUACGGUUACGUUCCUCACUUCGGAAUCAAUGUCACGUUUCUCGUCGUUUACUGCAUUCUGACCCUCUAUGCUCUCGUCAGUUGCUACAUGUGUUUGGAAGUCAAGCACAAACGAUGGCUCCUGCGCAGCGUACUAGUCACGAUAGCAUUGUGCAUCGAGCUCGGAGGCUACUUGGAGCGCGUCAGGGGUGCAGACAACCCGAAAUCGUACCGCGACUUUUUAAUUCAGCUCACGUUGCUAAACUCAGCACCCGCAUUCAUCAUGGCUGCGCACCGACCUGUCCACAGAAUUGGUCCCUACCUCUGCUAUGCCUUCGGAAUCCUCGAUAUUGCCGCGGCCGCAUUCGUCGUCUUCGGCAGCCCGUCCGCGUUCCACAACAUCUCGCCGGGCGACUCCGUGGACAAGGUGCACGACAACACCCACACCUUCCUGCACCUCAUCCUCGCCGCCAUGAUCGCCCAGAUCGUGACCGUCAGCAUCUUCCUGGCUCUCCUGGCCCUGGUGCUCUGGCACUGCGCCCGUUCCGGCAUACCCCUCCCCAAGGACUUUAUCCUUCCAAUGGUCGGCGCCGCCGUGCUGAUCAUGGCCCGCGCGGUCGCCAAGAUCGCCGAGGGGGGCAUAGAUGCCGAUGAGUGGCUGUUCCUGGGGCUCGACUCACUUGUCAUGGUCGCGGCGAGCGCGCUUCUGGUCGCCGCCCAUCCGAUCUUGAGCUGGCCACCGGUUUUGGGAGGCGAGGAUCCAGAGGAUCCGGAAUAUACAGACGGUGAUGAUGAUGAGGAGGAGGAGGAACAACGCCCCUCGCGGCAGCAACGGGGCCUAAGGCGAAGGGCCGAGAACCUCUCGCUUCCUCUAAAUUCGAGGAAGGGCAACACGAUUACGUGGGCAGAUGGUGAAGAUGGCGGGGAGACUGUCAACGAUGGUGGCUCCUCUCAUAUCGUGGGAAGGUAA